AUGCUCUUGACUGUCAGUUCAUACUUCAAGUUUCCCGACUAUGGAGUACAAGACUAUGUUGUACUGUCACGAGGUACAGCAUUCUUGGUAAAGACACCGGGUGCUUCACAAAACAGACCCAUUUACGGCAUAAGCAGCGCACACAUCACCCAUCCAUUCAACUUCCCACAACUGUACAAGGAUCCAAGUCAGCAAUGGAUAUUUGCUCUGGACGAAUCAAACAUUAGAGUGCAACUAGAGUAUCGCGAUAAUAACACUGGUAGAAUACUACAUUCUGUACACUUGGACAAACCAUUCCAUCUGCAUUCCACCUUGGACUUGGUAUGCUUCCCUCUGAGUCUCGAUGACUUUACCCGCAAAGGACUACCCUACAAUGCAUCAAUUCUAGAGCUUACAGACAACAACAACAACAACAACGAUAGUCAACACAAUCAAAUUGGUAAACUAUUUGGAUAUCAAUUGGUGGAUGAGAAGGCAGAUAUAAUGAGACCACUGGAGACAGAGUAUCAACUCAAUGUGGUUGAGUCGAAUAGACACUUUGUGUCCACAGUCAAUCCUUCGCCAAUGGGUGUAUGUGGAGGACCAGCCAUCAAUAGCAACAACGAGGUGGUUGGUAUGAUCGAGGGCCUAGUCAAGUUGGACCCAAGAGUUCUAUCACCUGGCACAUCGACAGUGAACGAAGCAACGAGAGAAUACUAUAAUAGAAUCAAUUUGAACUCUGUAUAUAUACCUUCAAAGAUAUUGAAGACAUUCAUUAAUACCAUCGAUAUACAACAGGUAUAUGAUACACUCUAA